CUAUGGGCACCUUUCACGGGCACGCAGGCGGGCAGACACGAACGCGGAGCGAGGAGGACCGAGGAAGCACGGCUAUCCAGGCGGUGCAAAUUUUCCCCUGGAUAGCCAGUGCCCAAUUCUUACGGUCACAUAAAAAACAAAACCUAGAAUUUGUUACUACAAAAGUAUCAUUCUGCGUUUAAAAAUUGGAAGAAGGCAUAAUACAAUUACAAAAGCCGAAAUUUGCGUCUCUUCAAAAUAUUAUUUUCCCUCCUUUCUCACUUGGUGUUUAAGUUUUCCGUCUGAUGCUUUCCGAAUUACAGAAAGGGACUUGUUCUUCCAGGACUUGCAACCGGUCUUGUCUGUUGGAGGAUAUCACAUCCAUCACAGAAUCAGAGUAUCUUUCUUUUGAGGAAAAUCAUGCCAAUGGCACAGAAUCAUGAAGAGAGAUGCUUGUCCAUCAAGCUAUGGCCUCCAAGUGAUAGCACUCGGUUGAUGCUAGUAGAGCGCAUUACUAGUACUCUUUCUUCAGAAUCUUUUUUCUCAAGAAGGUAUGGUCUUUUGAGUAAAGAAGAGGCUGCAAACAAUGCUAAACAAAUCGAGAAUUUAGCAUUUCUUGCAGCAAAUGACCGUUCUAGUGAAGAGCCAAACACGGAUGGUAGCUCAGCUGUGCAAUUUUAUGCAAAAGAAGCCAGUAAACUGAUGUUGGAUGUCCUCAAACGAGGACCGACUGUCCAGGAAAGAGGACCAGUGAAGGAGGCAAUGAUUAAAACUGUUGAAAUUUCUCCUGUGAAGGAAGCUGUUUUUGAUAUUUCAGGUGGGCAACGGGGAUUUGUCGAUGGAGCUCUAGCCACAGAGCUCUUAAGGCCAUUAAAAGAACCUGGAAAUUCUUAUACUAAAAUAUGCUUUAGUAAUCGAAGUUUUGGUCUUGAGGCUGCUCAUGUGGCAGAAAGAAUCUUGAUGGGUUUGCAGAAAAAUAUAACAGAUGUGGACCUUUCAGAUUUCAUUGCAGGGCGGCCCGAGCCUGAAGCCCUUGAGGUUAUGUCCAUAUUUUCAUCUGUUUUAGAAGGAUGUGUGCUGAGAUCCCUGAAUCUUUCAGAUAAUGCAUUGGGUGAGAAGGGUGUCAGGGCUUUUGGGUCCCUUUUGAAAUCACAGAAAACUCUUGAAGAACUGUAUUUCGUGAAUAAUGGUAUUUCUGUGGAAGCUGCUAAAGCCAUCUUGGAACUUCUUCCAUCAGUUGAAAGGCUUAAAAUUUUGCAUUUCCAUAACAAUAUGACAGGCGAUGAUGGGGCAGAGGCACUUUCAGAGCUGGUAAAGAACUGCAUUGCUCUGGAAGAUUUCCGAUGCUCAUCCACUAGAGUAGGUACUCAUGGUGGAAUUGCUUUAGCAGGAGUUCUUAGGGCAGGCAGCAGGUUGAAAAGGUUAGAUUUGAGGGACAACAUGUUUGGGAAAAGUGGUGCGGUUGCUUUGAGCCAAGCUAUCUCAGGUCAUCUGGGUCUAACAGAAGCUUACUUGAGUUAUUUGAAUUUUCAGGAUAAAGGGACAAUAGCUCUUGCCAAUAGUCUUAGAGAAGGAGCUCCAUCUCUCAGAAUUCUUGAGAUAGCAGGAAAUGAUAUCACUCCAAGAGCAGCUCCGGCCUUGGCAGAAUGCCUUGCAAUAAAACACUUGAUUACAAAAUUUGUUGCAUCAGAAAAUGAACUCAAAGAUGAGGGGUCAGCUUUAAUCUGCAGAGCACUUGUAGCGGGUCAUGAUCACCUUAAAGAACUUGAUUUAAGUGCAAAUGGUAUUACUAGGAUAGGAGCAAAGGUUGCAGCAGAAGCUGUUGCAAAUAAGCCUGAUUUUAGUUUGUUAAAUAUUGAUGCGAAUUUCAUUUCUGAAGAAGGAAUUGCAGCUGUCAAAGAUGCUCUGAGAAAAGGUAUCAAGGGCUUAUCUGUGCUUGGAUCUCUGGACGAUAAUGAUGAAGAGGGAGGAUGUGAUGAUGAAGAAUCUGAAGAUGAUGACAAGGAUGAGAACGGAGAUGAGAGUAGUGAUAGUGAGAACGAGUUAAAGACAAAACUCGAGAACCUUAAAAUGUAGCACAGCGUGGUUAUUUAUGUCUAGGCACGUGCAUAGGAACAUUUUUGGGUACUCUGGUUCCCAUUAAGGUCAAUUUUUAGAGGUAUGGGGAUCCUUUUUGCCGUAUUGAUUACAUUCAGAAAACACUUCAAUCCCAAGGUCUGGAUUCUCUAUAUUAGCUGGGAAAACCCGGCUUGGGCAGCCAUUGACUCUCACAUCUUAAGUUUUACUUCUUUAGUUUGUGUUUACUUGUUUUUGUUACAUUAUGUUUCAUUCCAUUAUCAUUUGUAACGAUGAUAUGUUUGGAACUUAGUGCCUUUGUUUAACAGCUUUUGCAGACACUGUCUUAGUGAAUCACAGAUUUGAAAAAUGUGAAAGCUGCCUUCAGUCU